CUGGUUUGCUGGUUACUUCCCCCUUCCCCUCUCUCCCGGCUAUAGCAGGGUCCAAGCUGCCUGCGAGGGACGGGGCGAGAUUGGCUGCGGACUGUACAGAUCAGCCAAAGAACGAAGUAGUCUCUCUCUCUCUCUCUCUCUCUCUCUCUCUCUCUCUCUCACACACACACACACACACACACACACACACUCAAAACUCGGACCUGCCGCACCACGGCCACUCCAAUCCCUGGAAAAGGCAAUCGAGCGCCCUCCGGACCGCUGCGCGCACCCGGGCUCCGGCAGUGCGCCCGAAGCUGGUGUUUUCCCCAGCGCCGCCGCUUAGGCUGGCUGUUCUGGAAGAUAAAGAGGGGAGGGAGGAUAGAGACAGAUCCUGAAAACACCCCGGCCACACACGCCGCGACUGAAGCUCUUUCUCGGCGUACCAGUGAGGACGGCUCCAGCAGCGCCCUGCCCCGGGGAGGUCCGCGCGGCUGCCCGGGAAGAGCCCACCUGCCGGUCCGAGAUCGGCCAGGGCAAAAAGCGCGACUUGCCGGUGUCCUGCUCAAGCAGUGCCUGGAGCUCCCGGCGCCCUCGCCCCGGCUAAUUUGAAGUUCAACCCUCGGCUCUGUCGCGGGCCCCUCGCGCCCUCGGCGUGUCCCCCCGCCACGCGGGGAGCGGACGCGCGGCGCCGGGACGUCGCUAUGGCUGGGGCGCUCUGGCUGCUGUGCCUGUGGCUAGGCUGCUUCUGCGUGAGCCUGGCGCGGGGAGAGGGACUGACGCGCAGUGUCCCGGAGCCGCACAGGGCUGUUCCAGGAGACCGCACGGCAGGUGGUGGCCCCGGCCCCGUGCUGCAGCCACACGACAAGGUGUCGGAGCACAUGCUGCGGCUCUAUGACAGGUACAGCGGCGGCGGCAGGGCCGAGGCGGAAGGGGCGCCGCGGUCCUCCGAGCAGGGCUCUCAGCCCCUGCGCCCCCCACCCCUGCGCGAAGGCAACACGGUUCGCAGCUUUCGAGCGGGAGCAUCAGGAACCCUUGGAAGCAAAGGACUACACAUCUUUAACCUGACUUCUCUAACCAAGUCUGAAAACAUUUUAUCUGCCACACUGUAUUUCUAUGUUGGAGAGCUAAUAAACAUCAGCCUGAGUUGUCCAGCAUCCCGAGGAUGCUCACCUCAUGCUCAGAGGAAACACGUUCUGAUUGAUCUCUCUGCGUGGAUCCUCAAAUCUGACAGAAACCAAAGUCAACACCUCGGUCACCUUUCAGUAGAUGUAGCCAAAUCUCAUCGAGACCUUGGGUCCUGGCUGUCUAAAGACAUCACUCAGCUCUUGAGAAGGGCCAAGGAAAAUGAAGAGUUCCUCAUAGGAUUUAACAUUACCUCCAAAGGACACCAGCUGCCAAAGAAGAUGUUGCCCUUCCCCGAGCCUUAUAUCUUGGUGUAUGCCAACGAUGCUGCCAUUUCUGAGCCGGAGAGUGUGGUAUCAAGCUUGCAGAGGCACCGGAAUUUCCGCAUUGGAGCUGUGCCUAGACCGGACGGCCAUAUCAAGGCUGCCCUUUCUACUGAACGGAGAAGGAAGCGCUCGGCUGGGGUCCUGCUGCCUCUGCAGAACAACGAGCUUCCUGGGGCAGAAUAUCAGUAUAGGGAGGAUGGGGUAUGGGAGGAGAGAAAGCCUUACAAGACCCUUCAGACUCAGGCCCCAGAGAAGACUAAAAACAAAAAGAAACAGAGAAAGGGACCCCCCCAGAAGAGCCAGACUCUCCAGUUUGAUGAGCAGACCCUGAAGAAGGCCAGAAGAAAGCAAUGGAUUGAACCGCGCAAUUGUGCCAGGCGGUACCUUAAAGUGGACUUUGCGGAUAUUGGCUGGAGUGAAUGGAUCAUCUCCCCCAAAUCCUUCGAUGCCUAUUAUUGCUCCGGAGCAUGCCAGUUCCCCAUGCCAAAGUCUUUGAAGCCAUCAAACCAUGCUACCAUCCAGAGUAUAGUGAGAGCUGUGGGCGUCGUUCCUGGAAUCCCUGAGCCUUGCUGUGUGCCAGAGAAGAUGUCCUCACUCAGUAUCUUAUUCUUUGAUGAGAAUAAGAACGUGGUACUUAAAGUGUAUCCUAAUAUGACAGUAGAGUCUUGUGCUUGCAGAUAACCUGGCAAAGAACUCAUCUGGGUGCUUAAUUCAAUCAUUACUUUAUUUAAUGGACUCUCCCCCCCACCCUUGUUUUGCACUGCCAAUGCAUUUCAUCCCAAAAGAUCUUUUAUAGUCAAAGAGAAUGAGCAGACAGACUGACGAUUUCCAUCAAGGAGAACUGGACUGUGUUUGUCUCUGAAUGUAACUAAAUGCAAGAUUUUCGUAACUAUGGACAUUUAUUUCUUUUUUAAAAAAAUUCACAAAGGAAAAAUGAUCACUCAAACUCUUUUUCAGAGCUGAGGACACACUGAUUUAUUUUUGUAAGGAGCUUUGAAAAUAGGUUGGAAAAACACCAAUAGCUUAUCACUUAUCUCUACUCAUAGAGAAUAGAAAUUUUUCAUAUUUUGAAGUAGAUUUAUUGCCAUAGAUUCCUGAGCGACUCAGCAAGUGCUAAAUAACCCAACCAACUUUUUUGUGUAUCUUCAAAUCUGUUAAGACUCUUGUUUACCUGUGUUUUUCCUCCAUGUGUAAUUGUAUGAAUAGGUGAGUGGAGAGUGUGGGCUGAGUGUUAAGAGUAUAUGUAUGUGUGUACAUUGCCAGGUGCCUGUCCCCUCUCUAGGAAGGUUUGCUUAACAUGGUUUUAUAGUUCAAUCUACACAGGAUUCUUUGUGUUUUCCAUUUCAUGUUCUGGCAAGCACCAUUCAAUUAUAAGAACUUUACCAAAAAGGACAGAGUGAUCCAAGAGCAUAUGCAGAGAGUUACCACUUGGCCCAGCCAUUUAAUUUGAAAUACAGUUGUUUUCAUUUCAUUGCCUCCUAGAAAAGGGAACCUGCAGCCCACUUUUCAAAAACCCACAUGUACUUCCUCUUCUUUUUCACGAAUACCUUCAUUUGUUCUUUUAAAUUGAAUUCAAAAAUUCAAUUAAAUUUUUUAAAUUAAAUAAAAAUUUGGGUUCUCUUGAUAUGCUUUUACUUCUUAUGAAGCAAUCCAUAACUACCUGAGGCUCAAAAACGGAUGGAAUAUUGGAGGUUUCUUGAAAUGACCAAAUUAAUCACCAUCACGUGUUGAAUAUCAUUCUUCAGCCACGUCCAGGUCCAGGCACCUUUUCACAUGUAUCAAGGUUCAGCCAUGAAAUCUACUUUAGCAAAGCUCACUAAAAAUUAUUCACCAAAAAAAGGAAGUCAAAUAUAGACACUUUGUUUUUUUCCCCACUUCCACUUGUCACAACUAUCCUCUUACGCCUUGCCCUAGAAAACAUGUUUCAAAAAUCUCUCUUUCUCCGAAUUCGCAUGUGUGACAACGAUGUUUUCAGACCAUGGGUUGUUGUUGAUGUCCUAUCUGUGGCCAACCCUCCUCUUGGUUGAGUCUCUGCUGACGAGAGACAACUAAGCCAUUUCAGAGGCUGUGAAGUAUCAGAAGGCGUGGGGUUUUGUUCUGUGUCUACCUAGAGCUACCUAUCGUGGUUCAUCAUGUAAUAAAUAUUUAGUGAGCA